CGGUGCCAUGCAAGCACUAGUACUGCAAAGUUUGCAGGAAGAGCAAAAGAUCAUGGCCAUGGCGAGAAGCAGCUUAGCGCCGGCGUUCGUCGUCUUCGCCUUGUUCUGCUGCUACGCCUCCACCACCGUCUCUUCCCAAGCUUCGUCAUCGUCCGAUGGCUUCCUCAAGUGUCUCUCGGCGAGCAUCCCCAGCCAGCUCGUGUUCACGCAGAGCUCCCCUUCGUUCACGCCGCUGCUCAAGUCAUCCAUCCGGAACCCCAAGUUCUUCACGCCCAGCACGGUGCGGCCGCUCUACAUCGUCACGCCCACCAAUGCCUCCCACGUCCAGGCCGCCGUGGUCUGCGGCCGCCGGAGCGGGAUGCGCAUCCGCGUCCGCAGCGGCGGCCACGACUACGAGGGCCUCUCGUACCGGGCCGUGCGCCCCGAGCCGUUCGCCGUGCUCGACCUGUCCAAUCUCCGCGCCGUGCGCGUCGACCCGCAGGCGGCGACGGCGUGGGUCGACUCCGGCGCUACGCUCGGCGAGCUCUACUACGCCGUCGGAAAGGCGAGCGGCGUGCUGGGGUUCCCGGCCGGCCUGUGCCCGACCGUCGGCGUGGGGGGACACUUCAGCGGCGGUGGCUUCGGCAUGCUGCUGCGCAAGUACGGCCUGGCUGUCGACCACGUCGUCGACGCCGUGCUGGUGGACGCCAGGGGGAGGCUCCUCAACAAGAACACCAUGGGGAGCGACGUGUUCUGGGCCAUCCGCGGCGGCAGCGGCGAGAGCUUCGGCGUCGUGCUGUCGUGGCAGGUGAGGCUCGUGCCCGUGCCGCCCAAGGUCACGGUGUUCAACCUCCCGGUGACCGCCAGCCAGGGCGCCGUCGACGUGGUCGCGAGGUGGCAGCAGGUCGCGCCGGCCCUGCCCGACGACCUCAUGAUCAGGGUGGUCGUGCAGCAGAAGACGGCCAACUUCCAGUCCCUGUUCCUCGGCACCUGCGACGCACUCCUGCCGUUGAUGAGCAGCCGCUUCCCGGAGCUCAAAUUCAACCGCACCUACUGCAAGGAGAUGACGUGGAUCCAAUCCGUGCCCUACAUCUACCUCGGCAGCGGUUCCACCGUGGAGGACCUCCUGAACCGGACCACCGCCGCGUCCGUCUUCAGCAGCGGCUACAAGGCCACGUCGGACUACGUCCGGAAGGCCAUCCCCCGCGACGUGUGGACCAACAUCUUCACCCAGCUCGCGCAGCCCAACGCCGGGCUCAUGAUCCUGGACCCCUACGGCGGGCAGAUCGCCGCCGUGCCGGAGGCGGCGACGCCGUACCCGCACCGCGCCGGCGUGCUGUACAACAUCCAGUACAUGAACUUCUGGCCCAUGGCUACGGCGGACGGGUCCGUGCAGACCAAGUGGAUAAGGGACUUCUACGCGUUCAUGGCGCCGUACGUGAGCUCAAACCCGAGGGAGGCCUACUUCAACUACAGGGACCUUGACCUCGGCGAGAACGUCGUUGUAGGCAACGUCAGCAGCUACCAGGCUGGAAUGGUGUGGGGGCAGAAAUACUUCAAGGGUAAUUAUCAGAGACUCGCGAUGGCGAAGGGCGAGAUCGACCCCGACGACUACUUCAGGAACGAGCAGAGCAUCCCGCCACUUGCCAAGAGCAAGUGACCAGCAAAAUGGCGCGCCCAUGGUUAAAACGAAUUUGGUUUGUGCUGGCCGCUUUCUUAUGCGUACAUGCAUGGUAGUAGCUACACAUUUAACUGUAUAUCUACAUGUAUUUGUACCUUCAAAAAAAUUCAUAAAAUUACACAACGUGAACGUGUGCUUAGCACAAAACUCUGCAUUUAA